GAUCCAUUCCCACCACUGCCCGUUACUGCCACUAACUCCUCUUUCCACCCCCACCCCCGCGCUCCAUCACUUUGUCUUCUUCACAUCUUCUUCUUCAUUAUCGGCCAUGUUUCCAUACCUCCAUCGCCAUCAUUCAUCAUAGCAGUAUUAACACCCGACACGCUAUACCUAUUGAUUAACUGAUACGUCAAAAAGGAAAUAUAAAGAUUAAAGUAGUUGUAAAGCAAUACACACGAAUGUGGAGGUGGACUUCUUAUAACUUGUUGAAACAGGGCAUAGCGGCGGCGGCUACGCGACCGGGAGGAGGAGGAGGGGUACAAUCAGUGUUACGGGGUGGUCGGAGCUGCUUAAGGCCGCGUUUGGAUGGCUGUUUUUGUCGUGGGUCUAGAGUGAUUGGCUCUUCUUUUUACUCUGCUUCUACUUUUCCUCCUGUGGUCGGUGGUAGCGGCGCCGGCGGAGGAAGGGAUGGGGAUGAUGAUGAUGAGAAUGGGAAGAAGGAUAAUAACGUCAAUGGAGGAGAGAAGAUAUCGUGUGCGGAGGCGAAGAGGCUGAUGAGGCUGGUGAAUGUGGAGGCCUUGAAGAUGCAGCUUGGGAUGGAGAACAAGGAGUUUAUUGAUUACAAGGACCUUCUUCAGGCUUGCCAGACUAUGGGGGUCGCCAAAUCCCCCCAUGAGGCCGUCGCUUUUGUCGAUGUUCUUGAUGAGGCCGGCGUCGUUUUGCUCUUCCGAAAUAAAGUCUACCUCCAUCCCGACAAGGUGGUCGAUUUGGUCAGAAAAGCAGUGCCACUCGCACUCUUGCCUGAAGAUGACCCCUGCAAGGAUGAGAUGAACAAGAUGCAGGAGAAGAAGGAGGAAAUUGAUAGGCUUGCACAUAGGCAAGUCCGCUGCAUUUUGUGGACUGGGUUGGGGCUUGCUGUGAUACAAGUCGGGUUUUUCUUUCGCCUAACCUUCUGGGAAUUCUCAUGGGAUGUCAUGGAGCCAAUUGCAUUUUUCACUACUACGACAGGGAUUGUCAUUGGUUAUGCUUACUUCCUUUUCACUUCAAGAGACCCAACUUACCAAGAUUUUAUGCAAAGACUUUUUCUCUCAAGGCGGAGGAAACUCUUCAGAAAAUAUGGUUUUGAUAUUGAGAAGUUCAAGGAGUUGCAGAAGAAAUGCAAAUCUCCAUUGGAUGUCCCUACUGCUGCCAGACAUCGUAUGGCCUUGCAUACAGAGCAUGAUGAUGAUCUUCUGCAUGGCCAUUAACUCACUAAUGUCAACUUGUUUCCCUCUGACUCCGUUUUUACUGUUGAGGCAUUUACUUACAGAUGUUUGUCUUUCUGAACCAAGGAACAACCCCUCUUGUUUCUUUUGAGGUGGUACACUCGUACUGACUGGCUUCCUUGGCCAAUUUUUAUACUUAGAAGAUAUAUUUACUAAAAAUUCUUUAAUACAAGUUACUGAAAUUCUUCUUUGCA